UCGUGCGUAUCGUACGUCUGUGGCUUGCGUCCCAAAUUUAGUCGAUUUGUCGUAUUGUUUAGAUGGUCUGUGCAUAGGUACUAGCCUAUGUUCAUUGCCUCGUUUACUCUUUGGUCAUUUACUGUAUUGUCAAUUUUUAUUUUGUCAGCCAUGUUAUUGCUGUAGAAGUAUUUUUUGUGGUUCAGUAACUAUUCAUUUUCUUGCAUAAAAAAGUUAUCAACGUGUUUCAAACGUAGUGAACAUAUUUACUUAAGUGAUCAUAUUAUUGUGAACAUGAGUUAAGGCUGAAUUUUGUGAUAUUCUGCUUUGUUCAAAGAUGCUUCAACACUUUUUAGUUGAGACAGUUUUAAAAAUAAAUUCUGGUUCAUUAAGAUACUCUUUUUGGAUUGCAAUUAAUCUCAAUCGUGAGAACUCUUACGUUACUAUGUGUUAAUGUUUACUAUUUACGUACUAGUUUAAAAGUCAACAUGGAAAUUUUACUUAUUUUAUGUAUUAUUCCUGUUAGUUUUGCUUACGAUAAAGCAUCUUUCUAUGGUGCCAGUUACAUUUCAUACCCACUACAAGAAGCAAAAGGGGCAACAGAUAUAAGUUUUAGGUUUCGAACACAUUUAUCAGAUGCCCUACUUCUUCUCGCCGCUGGAAAAACAGAUUAUUGCAUGAUUCGCCUUGAGAGUGGAAGACUAAAGUUGCACAUAAAUUUGGGUGCUGGAGAAAGUGAGCUAUCUUCUCCAAAGGGCUUUCAUUUAAAUGAUACCCAGUGGCAUCAUGUUAGCAUCAUAAGAAGAGAAGCCAAUCUCACCCUAAAGGUCGACGACAGUACAGUGAAGAAGAGAUUGCCAGGACGAUUCUUUGAACUAAAUAUACAUUUUGGUGUAUUUCUCGGUGGUCAAGGAGAUUUCUCUGAGUUGUUCCUUGGUCACAUGGAGAAUUUUCGCGGUUGUAUGGAAGAUGUAUUUUAUAAUGGCGUGAAAAUAUUAGAAAAAGCGCGAAGCCGUAGUGCUUCAGUGCAGCUCGAAGGUGUGACCUGGAACUGUGCGCCAGAAUUCGACGCCGAUUUAAACUCUGAUAUAAGCUUCGUCGAUGAAGGAGCAUAUAUGAUCCUUCCUAAAAUAAACUCUAGAGCGGGAGGCAGGUGGCAAAUCGAAUUCAAGACGAUUACGCCGAAUGCUGUAAUCCUGUACAAUCCGGGCGGUGGCCGAGGAUCUGACUUCUUAGCUGUAGAAAUUUUAGAGGGGAUUGUUCGUGUGAAAAUGGCGCGCGGACAAAUAGCGCACACCGUGAGGGUGAACGAUGGACAGUGGCAUAAGCUGCAUCUCCUAUUUAACCCUUCCUUGAUUGAGUUGUCAGUGGAUAAUAUAGCAAUGAGUACUCGCAUAGAGAGUAGUGGUACGAGGUAUUUAGACCUGUCUGAUACAUUCUACCUCGGUGGCAUAGAGAGCGAUAAGCGUCAAAGGGCUUUCGCUAAAGGAGUGAAAGCAGCUGAUUCUAGUAUUAUGGGCUGCAUAAAACCGAUAGAAGUUGAGGAUAAGAUAUUCGGCCUACCGAACGCGGUGGUGACGUGCGGUGUCACCCCUAAGUGCGUGUGGUGGUAUCCAUGUCACUCCAGCCCCAGUCCUCCUUGCCUGCCCAAAGCUAUCUGUGGCCAACACGGCGUCGACCACUUCACGUGCAAGUGCGAUAGUGAUCUAUGCAUCAACCCGGAUUACGCUGAGAAAUAUAAGGUGUUCUCAAAGUCGAGCAGCGAACUGGAACUAGUGGCUUUAUACCCAUUGACGGUACAAGAAGGUGGUGUAGCAGUCAUAACAACUCAGAACAUUGACGUUAUUCUUGACCACCAUAAAUAUGGAGUUAGACCUUCUGGUGUUCUGCUGCAUGUGGCGCAGAAACCUCAGCACGGUAGGAUCGCUGUGGAUCUGACGUCACAGAGGAAUUCCCCACAGUACACCAAUUAUGUAGAUGGGGAUAAAUCGCGGCAGUUCUUUUCACUAUUGGAUUUGUCGAGGGACAAGGUUCGCUACGUCCACGACGGAUCGGAGAACCACCAAGAUGCAAUAGUACUAGAAAUGGAACUGAUACCGGAGACCAAAUUCACGUUGCCGAGCUAUCUACAAGGGCGGAAUACGUUCGUUUUACACGUGAACGUUACGCCUGUUAACGAUCCGCCUGUACUCAAUCUUCUACCAGGCAAAGUACUCAGGUUAACUCAGGGUACAAGGAAAGUGAUCACUUCAGAAAUAUUAAAAGCAGAAGACCCCGAUACACCACCCGUAGACUUAUUGUAUACUGUAAUACAUGGCAAGAAUGAAGCUAGCAGUGGUCACAUAGAAAUGUCAGGUCAGCCAGUGGAUUCCUUCACGCAGCAAGACAUAGACGCCGGUGUUAUUUCUUUCGUUCAUGGAACGUCUAGUGAUAAGCAACUGAACAAAACUUCGCUGAGACUCACGCUACAAGUAUCAGAUGGCAUUGAAACAAGCGGGCCAGGCGUGCUGCGGAUAUCUAUAGUGCCGUUACAAGUGCGGCUCAUUAACAACACGGGACUACAAUUGGUGCACAAUUCGUACGCAAUCAUUUCGGCUGACAAUCUCACGUUCACGACUAACGCUGAUGAAACCAACGUACAAGUAAAGUAUGACAUUGUAAAACCACCUCAGUUUGGAGUGGUGGAACGGCUGAGGGUGUUAGAUGGUACUUGGCAGACUGUGGACUCGUUUACCAGUGAGAUGUUAGCCUUUGGUCGUGUCAGAUAUAUGCAUUUACUUGGAAAUCCGACCCAUGACGAGUUUAAGUUUAAAGCCUCUGUUGGAACGAUCCGAACGAAUACAUUAUACGAUUUUAGAUUAACAUUUAUAAAACUAGAAUUGUAUCAAACGACAAACGAAGAAUUACUUCUAAAUAACACUCGAGAAGCGUUCAUAUCUUCGCAACAUUUAAAGUUUCAGACAAGACCCUUGCAGUUAUCAAGCGAUAAAAUUACAUUUACACUACUUAAACCCCCAAAGUAUGGCAUAUUACAUUUGUCUUCUGGCAAUCAUCAUUUGCAAAUAUACAGCUCUUUUACUCAAGAAAACAUAGAUACCGACCAGUUGUGGUAUAGACUUCACAGACGUGCCUAUUCUCAUAUUCAAGAUGAGUUUACAUUUAUGGUUGGUGCAGCCGAGUGUGAGAACAUUACUGGGGUUAUGACAAUACGUCAUAUCCCCGGUCCUUCGCCCAUUGACCAUACUUCUAAUCGAUUCCAUACGACACUAGAAAGACUGCAAGUUAUGGAAGGUUCUAGAAUGACGAUACCAGCUACGCAUCUAAACUUUCGCACAGAUUCUGUAACUAACUUAGUGUUCAAUAUCACUCAUUUGCCCAAACACGGAAAAAUAGAAGUGAUUAGUGAUAAUCAGAAAAUUCUGAGAGAUAACACUACUUAUUUUACACUGAAAGAGUUGAAUUCAAAUAGAGUUUAUUAUGCUCAUGAUGAUUCCGAAAGUAGGCAUGAUUCCUUUCAUUUUAUGGCGCUUAGUCCAGAACCAGAGGAUUUUCAAUAUGUCGGCGUGUUUCACAUUGACAUUAUACUAAAGAAUGACAACAGCCCAACAAGAAUGAGUGAGAACGUUUUCCAUAUAGUGCAUGGCGGCGCUAGGCUGGUCACAGCUAGAGAUUUAAGUUACACAGACCUAGAUCUGGAUACAAAACCUUCAGAUAUAACUUACACUGUUCAAAGAUUUACCAAAGAUCCACCUAACGGGGGAAUAUUCAGAGCUGAUAAUCCUUCAGAACAAAUUGCGCAGUUCACCCAGGAUGACAUAAAUAAGAAUCUUGUGUUGUUCAAGCAUCAAGGUAAAGAAAAUGGGAAAUUAUCCUUUUGGGUAUCUGAUGGUUUGUUUGAUGUGAAUGGUAAUUUGGAAGUGCAAGCCUCUCCUCCGUUCAUUAGAAUGUUCCCAACAAAUGGUUCUAUUGUUGAAAACGGAAAAGCGGUUGUGAUAACCACUAGGGAUAUGCAAGUGGAUACAAACAUGAAUUGUUUAGAAGAGGACAUUCGUUACGAAAUAAUUCAAGAACCAAAACACGGUUCUAUCGAGGUGGGUGAAGGUCAAGGAGCAAUCACGUUCACACAACUAGAUGUGGCAGCGGGAAGAGUUUCAUAUAGACACAGGGAACCUAAGAUACCCACAGAUGCUUUCAGGUUCAAAGUCAUGUGCCUGGAAGCGUGGGGAGAGGGGAUAUAUUCCAUUAAAAUAUAUCCGUCCAGCUUUUGGGAACCAUUAGUAGUAACUUCUAACAAACCGCUUAUCGUUGAAGAAUCUACUAGUGUCAAUAUCACUAAGGACAUAUUAGAGGUAAUGCACCCACAAAUUGAACCAUCGAAUAUUGUAUAUCAAGUUGUGGAAGGCCCUUAUUAUGGUUGGCUCGAAAUCUCCAAUACAUUGGGUUCUUUAGAAUUAGAAAACUAUAAUGAAGAACCGGUACAUACUAGAAUGUUCGAUCAGUCUGUUAUAAAUGCAAAUCGACUGGUUUACGUCCAAUCCGGAGUAAAUAGAACGAGGGAUAAAAUCAAAAUGGAUGUCACAAAUGGAAUAGUGUGGCUCAGGUCUUUGGAACUUAUGGUAGUUAUAAUACCUGAACAUUUUUAUAUAAUGGCCUCGAAUAUAACGGUUGUUGAAGGAGAUGCAGUGAGCAUCAAACAGGAUAUGUUCAAGACGGUCACAGAGUAUUAUCGAGGGAAAGUGGUCUCAUACAAAGUUGUUGAAAAGCCCAAGUUUGGCAGAAUAACAUUGGGCGACCAAGAAUUAGCAUUGCUGCCGGUUUUGAAGCUUAAUACUGGAAAUAUUCAGUAUGUUAACGAUGGUUCAGAAGAGUCACUAGAUUCUCUUAAACUGGUGGCGAUAACCGAGAACGGUAAGGAGAGUGAACCAUUCCGUGUGGUGAUUAACAUUGUACCAGUGAAUGAUGAAACACCGAUAGUUGCGGCUAACACUGGCUUGUGCGUGUGGGAGGGUGGCACGUUCACGUUCACUAGGAAUGAAUUAUAUGUGAAUGACAUAGACACCCCGCUAGAAAACGUUACAAUACGUGUUGUGGAUAUCGUCUCUGGGUAUAUCGCUAUGAAAGGAGAUCUCGAAACUCCUGUAUACCACUUUACUCAGGCUGAUAUAGACAAACGAAAAGUGAUCUUCGUUCAUACCAAUGGCACAAAGGGAAAAAUGAUAUUCAAUGUGACGGAUGGACUUCACGAGCUGUCGAAAAUCACAUUUUUAAUAACUACAAAAUCCGUAUCGCUAAAGCUUGCUCGAAAACAUACAUUACGUGUAUUUCCCUUGAUGAGGGAACCGCUGAAUAAUUACCAUUUGAUGGCCAAAUGCUCAGAUGCAACGCGAAAUAUUAUAUACAAAAUAGAAAGGGCGCCAACGCUCGGUAGACUCAUCAUGUUUACAAGUGACAAUCAUCACAGAUCUAUAAAGCAAUUCACUCAACAAGAUAUAAAUAAUACUCUUGUGUACUAUGAACACACACAUCCCUUUUCCGAUCUAUAUACCAAUGAUUCUUUCAUAUUUUCUGUCGAAGCUGCAUUAGCCAAACCAGUUACUGAUCAAGUUUUUAACAUAGACAUAUCUGUUUCAUCCGGUGGUCUAGCUAAGUACGUAUAUAUCCCGCAGAUAAAAUGCCAAGAAGGUGGAAACACGGCUAUUGUAGUGAAUGUUACAAAUGUCAUAGUAUAUUUGGAAACACAAGCGGGAUUAAGACAGCCUCAGGUUGAAGCGCAAUGGUCGCAGCCCACUUACGGGGAGUUGGAACCUUCUCUGUCUUCUCUAACUCAACAACAGCUAGAAAGUGGCGUUGUUACGUACAAACAUGACGACUCUGAUACAUUACAAGACAAAAUCGAUAUGGCUCUAUAUUUAUUGCCAGAUUAUAUGCUCCUCUGUAAUGUCACCAUUUCGAUUCAAAUUUUACCAGUCAACGAUCAGCCCUUCCGACUUUUGAGUGAUUCGCCGCAGAUACAAGUGGUACAUGGUGAAAAUUAUACCAUCACCAAAAGCGAUUUGCUUACUGAGGACGCUGAUACAAGUCCCUCUGACAUCUUAUACGAUAUAAUUAGCGGCCCCACACAAGGCAGAAUAGUUAUGUUGGACAAGAAUCAAACAAUUGAUGAAGCGCAAUCCAUUAAUAAAUUCACUCAAGAAGAUAUAAACAACGGCAAGAUUAUCUAUGAACAUUCUGGAAUGUUGCAGACUGCCACAUUCUAUUUUAGAGUAUGGGAUGGUCAAUUCAAACCUACAUAUACUGUAUUCACUAUAGACGUAAUUCCUGUAAUAUUAAAUGCGACGUCGUCGCAUCCCAUAUAUUUGCAACAAGGUUCUAACGUUGCUACCGUUACUACAGAUCAAAUUUACAUCGAAACGAAUGCAAAACAAUCCAAAGUAUGGUACAACAUAACGAGACAACCUUUACAUGGGAUGAUUUACGUCGGUCGUAAUCCCGUGACUUACUUUUCCCAGAAAGAUUUGAUGGAUAAAGUCGUUAUUUACAUGCAGAAUGAUAUGACUGUAGCUAAUGACAGUUUUGAAUUGAUAGCUUACGUUCAUAACAGUAAUGCAACACCUCCAUUUAGCAUAGAGGUGACGGUGCAGCCCUUGAUGAUAUUGACAGACCUUAAGGUAGACAAAGACAAGACUAAACUCACUAUUCAUAAUUUAGAUGCGACAGAGCUCGCUAAAUUAACAGCCAGCGACCCAGUCUACACACUGAUAAAGAAGCCCAAGUAUGGUGUUUUGAAAAAGAUUAUUCGUAGUUCGGGUGAAAAAACUAGUGCAAGGGUACGUGAAGUGGCUUACUUUACACAUGAAGAUGUGAAAGCUGGGGUGAUUUACUAUGUAACUAAGAAAAAAGCAUAUGAACUUAACGGGCUCGAAGAUAGCUUUAGUUUCCUGCUCGCUGCGACAAUAUUCCAACCAGCUGCUGGUGAUGUCAGGAUUAUCAUUGGGAAUGGCUUGAAAAAGAACUUGCCUGGUCCUAAUGAUCCUGAAAGCCACGAAGGUGUCCCGGUGGCAAAUGGAAAUAAUGGGCCGUACUACAUGAUGAUCUUGAUGGCGCUCUUGGGUGUUGUCCUCGCAAUCAUCGUCAUAUUUGGUAUAUUGAAAUGUCGUCGAUAUCUGAUGAGAGAUCAGAACGCUAUGGUCAAGAUUCAUGGACAGAAUCAAGGAACAGUCGCUCCUAUACCUUUACCGAGACCACCUGACCAUUUGAUGCCUUCACCUACACAAGCCACGCCUUCUAUUAAAAGAUACGUAUCAUCAGAGCAAUCGGUGACGGGCACAAGCACGCCAGUGCCGUCCGGCGGCAGCGUCGCGUGCAAGGUGACGCCGCUGGCGGACGCGGUGCUGCCGGACCUUAACGCGCGGUACCCGUACGGUACCGAAGACCAUACCGACGCAGAGGACUGGAGUAGCUACGAAGCGAGCGAGUCAGCGUACCCGAUCCGAACGCCCGGCGUCGCUCCAUCAAACCCCAUGCUGAGACGCAACCAGUACUGGGUCUGACCCCGGGGUAGCCAUUCGUUGCCGAGACCAGUGACUGUGACAUUUGAAAGAGAGGAAGAAGAAUGCGUCACACUGAACCGCAGGUCGCAGUCUCGGCGCGGCAUAGAAUUAGUUCCUACACCUUUUCUACUAAGCAACUACAAGGUGUCCAAGUACCCAAGCUGUGAAGUUACUCUCUGAACGGAAUCCUUCUAGUUCGUAAGUUAUACAUAGUUGGCGUUCACUCGUCUAUCGAGUGAACCAUAGAGGAUAAUCAAUGAAAUGGAACCAAAGUGUCGUUCUGUGCCAAAAACAACAAUGUUUUGUUAUUUAUUGAAUAGAUACGGUAGACUACGGUUUGUGGCAUGUAUGUCGUGUGUUUUACGAGGAAAUUAAUUAGUUGCCUUAAAUAUAUUUUAUGCAUAGAUUAUAACUGUAUUAAUUUUGGACGAUGUUAUAAUUAAUGUUUAUAUUUCCAUACAUUUGAUUGGAUUAUCGCAUACAAAAGUAAUGUUGAAAAUUCAUUUGUCCUGUUUGAUAAAGUAAAAUCGUUGCUUGAUUUUCAAAUUAUACGUGUGCUUCUUUUAACAAUGAAAGACGUUAAUGCCUAUUGAACUGGAAUUAGUAAUAAACAUCGUUAUUUUGCAUAUAUUGUGAAUUAUCUAUGAAAUAAAACAUACAAACAGUACCAGCAGAAUAUUGUACUCCGUUAUUGCCAAAAUAAAGUGCCAAAUGCCAAAUAUAUAUAAAGAUUGUUAACAGCGAUUUGUUAAUAUUGCACGAAUGAGGAAAGCAAACGUUUUCUUGUUAAAUAUAUUACGUUUAUUUAGAGUUAUUAUAGAACAAAAUUAUUAUAUCGGCUACUAAAGACUUAUAUUGUAGAUAAACACUAAUUAUAUUAAUUAUUAUACACAGUCUAUUUAAUUUUAAGCGCAGGCAAUAGUUUUAGUAUUAUUUAAUUAGAGAAUUUUAUGAUAUAUGUGUUUUUUUUUUAGUGAAAUAUGAAAUUUAUAUUUGAAGGAAUGUUGUAUUUCACCAUUAUUCCAAAACAAAUAUUAUCUAUCUUUCUGAUUAACCAUUCCCAAUUUGAUUCGAUAGAUAUUAAUGAAUUCGUUAAUCAGUCAUACUUAAACAAAGGUAACAUAAACGUUUCCAUUUCUUUGUGUUUGUUACCUCAUGUCUUUUAUUGGGUGAACCAA